GUUUGAAAAAUUCAUAAUUUGUGAUAAAUAUAAGGUGUAAAAUCAUAAAAAUAAUAUAGCUUUAAAUUAAAAAAUAUAUAUAUUUAUAAACCCUAAUAAUACACUGUUCGUACACGAUAUUAGACAUUCUUGGUUUUGUUUAACGUUAAUAAUUAGUUUCCUUUUAUUUCUAUCGCUCGUAGAUGACUUUUCUAAUCAACAAACUUCUUCAUAAUAUUAUUACGUCAAAGACAAUCUGCAAAGAAAUACUGGCCAAUAUAGCUUUUUGUUACAUAUAUAAAGUACUAGUUUACAUGUACACGUACGAUGAUUAACUAAUUCAUUGAACCAAUUUUCGGGGGCUAAAUACUUAAGUCAUUGAACAUAAUAAUGAUUACUUGUGUUAUACUUCACUUAAUAAACUGUUUUCAAUUUUCAAAGGUAGUGGUAUAUCAUGCGCAAACUUCACUAAUCAUUUUGAUUAUUUUUUGUGAUUAAUUUGCCUUACUCUACUGUGACUUGAUUUUGUUUCUUUCCUUUUAUCAAUUCUUAGAUGAGGAAACUUGGGCCAACAAGCGUCGUAUUCAUAAGAUCAAUCAAUAAAACUUCACUAGUCAUUUCUUAUAAAAUAUAUUUUCGAGCAAAUAAAGUACUUGCACCGUUGACAGAAAAAUAAAUUAAAAUUGAGCAAAAAUAAAAUAUAUAUUUUUCAACCUGAGUCACUGGUUUUUGGUGGUUGCGGACCCCUUAAAUAUUAAAUUAAUUGUCGAGUGUGCAAAAAAAUUAUUAUAGCAAAGAUUAUUCUUGAUCUUUAUUCUAUCAUGUGAAUGAGGUGAACAAAAAAAACCAAUUUUCUCCAUGUAACAAGGCGGCUCACAUUAUUACGGUAGUGGUGACAGCUAGAAACUUCAAAGAAUCUCCUUUUAAGCCAUAAUAAAUAAACAAAAAUAAUGUGAAAGGAUUUUCCAACUAAUUAGGUUUGUCUCCUUUUGUCAAAAAAAAAAAAAAAAAGUUUGUCUUCAUUUAUUUGAAGUUUGUUAGAAUGUAGAAAAUCAUCUAAAAUUAGAAUAUAGUUCGUGGUAAGAAAUAUGAGGUUCUAUCUCAAAAUUAAUUAGUGUUGAGUGGAAUAACUCAUGCUCUUAUGUAUUGUUAAAUGUACCCACACACUUUUCAUGUAUGAUAUUUUUCUCUAAUACCUUCCUAAAGAUGGUGGCUAUUUUUGCUCACCAAUUUUGGACGGCUCGAUCACAAGUGUCUGUUUGACUAUUUUUGGCUCACUAUCCCCAAAUCACAAGUGGCUAUUUUGACUCUCUUUUUUGACUGAUUUUGGAUUUGGAUCGGAUACAUACUCAUUAGAGUUUUUUUUGUCUCUUGAUACUAUGUUAGAAUUGGAAAGUGGUCUAGAAGUAGAAUGAGGUAUAUAGUAAGAAGCAUAAAAUUACAUCUCAAAACAAAUUGGUGACGAGUGGAGUAACCAUGCUCUUAUAUAUUAUUGAAUCUACUUGUAUAUUUUUCUCUAACAAAGUUCCAUUAUUUUUGCCCAUUACGUAUACAAUCACAAAGGUCAACAUUGGUAAAUUUGGUAAAAGUACCCCAUGGAAUGAAACUGUAGGACUCCCUAUAUAAAUAGAGAAUUAAUAACGGAGACUUCAUCUAAACUCAAAAGAAACUAAAUUCAAGGAUUUUCAUUUCACAUAUCAAAUAAAGCACCCCUAUAUAUCUAACAAUUCCCUGUAAAUUAAAGCUUUUCCUUCGUCUUUCUUUGCCUUUCCUUUUAUCUUUCAAUUAAAAGCAACAUAUAAGAAAAAAUGGAUGAAAUUCAUGAAAACCAGAAGCUCCAAUCAUGUGAUUAUGGUGAUCGUUAUGCAAUUGUUGCAAAGUCUAACAAUAAGUACCAAUAUUUGUUGAGAAGAACUUUGCAGAUUGUAGUAUCAGUCUCUAUUUUGUCUUUAUUCUAUGGCUAUUUCAUUGGCGUUUCAUUCUUUCCUCAUUCGUUCAGUGUCUACUUCUCUACUUUCCUUUUCUCAUUGUUCACUCGCACCCUUGAAAGAAAGUACAUGUUCCUUAUUUGCAACGGAAUCCUUGCUUUUCUCGCCAAAACAUCUGUUUCAGGCGAUUACAUCUCCUCUCAUUCUGACCAAACAACACUUCCACCGACUCAUCAAUCAUCUACUGUUACGACAAAAGCAGCAGCUGUCGUUGAAGAUCAUGAUCAAGUGGAGUCUUCAACCGACGAUGUCGUUUUCGAGGAAGAUGGAGAAGAAACGACGGCACAAAAUGAACAAGUAGUUGUCCCUCAUCAACGACAGCGAGCUGAUCUUGUUGAUGAUCAACAAGUAAAAAGUGAUAAUGAUCAUAAUAAGGAAAUUCCGAGUCUGAUGAAUAGUACUACUUCAUUUAAUGAUGAGAAUAACAUUGACAAGGAUGAUGAUGAUGAUGAUCAAGGAAAUGGUGGUGGCAGCGACUACUUUUUGAGUAAGCAAGAAGCGAAUAAUUAUGAUGAAGAGUUGAUAAGUACGGAUGAACUGAACAAAAAGAUAGAAGAGUUCAUCAGGAAAAUGAAGGAGGAAAUCAGGGUUGAAGCUCAGCAACAACCAAUAGCCGUUUAAUUUAUAAGGUUGUAAAUUUACUAAGAGAAAUAAUAUUAUAUCUGCAUGCACUGGUACGUGUUCUUCAGUCUUAUAAAUUUAGUUAGUGUCAAUAUUCUCUACUUCUUUCUCUUUAAUUCGAUUAGUGUUUUGAGGAUGUUAUAUGUAAGGAUCUCCUGCUUCAAUGAACUGCAUGUAUCACAAAUAUGAUAAAUCAAUUUCUCAGGAUGUUAUUUAGUUCAA